CCUGUAAAACCCUACUAAACCCUGAACUUCACAGAAACUAGCUGAGGUCUCUUGCAGCACGAAGGGUUCAAUAAUGGCGGAUGUAUCACUGAAAUCAGCAAAUAAGAAGAAGAGGAAGCUUACAAGCCCCGAGGAUAAAGGAAGACCUUCAAAAACGCGUCGUAGUGAUACCUCAGCGGAAGGGAAUAAAGCCGAUGGAGUUGGAGGUUUUGAAGACGUGGAAAGCAUAGAACUGGAAAAGAAGCUCGAAUUCGGGCGUCCCUGGACGAAUUUACACUUGAUUUUAUCAAUAAAGAACAAAGAUAUUAACCUUCAGAAGAAGGUGGAACUGGCUUAUAAUUUUGUUAUCCGGAAGCCAAAAGGAGACUGUGACAUUGAUGAAGAUCAUGAGACUGUGAAAAUAGCACGGCUAAUAGUUUUUCUGAGUGAUUGGAUCCAGUCAUUGUUAAUUUCUACUGAUAAAAAGAUCACAUUAGAUCAAAAGAAACAUUUAUCUGAAGUAAAAGAGGCUUGUUUGGAUUAUAGAUGUUGGGAGGUCUUCAAGUUCUGCUUGGAGGAGUCUUUGAAAUUGCAUGUUCCUUUGAAUCUCUCACGAAAUCUUUUACGGGGUAUUCGUUGUAUUGCAAAAAAUGCCAUUUCCUUGUUGAAUGACAUGUCUUUGCAUCCAGAUGGAAUAUAUUUUCUUAACGAAGAGUUCAAAGUGUAUACAGUCGUGCUCGAUUGUGUCUCUUUGGUAUUCUCAUCACAUGGUGGCUUGUCAAAUGAAAAUUUGGACUUAUGGGUUUUGACUGUUGAUGCAGUGCUUGAGCUUGUGCUUAAAAGUUACGAACAGAAACUUGAGGGUUGCAGCGCUGGUGUUUUCUCGCUCCGGUUCUCUUGUUUGGUUCUUCAGCCAUUCUCCAAAUUUUUGAGGGUCCACCCUAUUAGAAAAAAUGGAUUCCAUGAUCUCGUAAAUAAGUUACUAGAGCCACUGCUGCACUUAUUGGCGAUAUUGCAAUUACAGAGUGCUGCAAAUAAUUCUGGUUGGACAAGAAACUUACAAAAGGUGGGGGAGGAAGUUUUAUCUCAUGGAUUGUUUCAUUCAGUCCAUAUCGAUGGAUUUUUGAGCUUACAGGGAAUGGAGAAGUAUUCUGUGCCCACUGAUGGAAAAUCGGAAGACUCAAAAAUGGUUAAUAAGAGUUAUCAUAGACAUUUAUUUGAUAAACUGGAAAAGAUGGCUGCUGCAAAGAAGGAAUUCGUAUUGAUUGGAGUAGGAGAACUUUUUCACAUACUUGUUGAUCAGGUGAAAAAGCGGAAUGGAGCUUCAAUGCUGUACACAGAUAGCAAAGUUAAUGGAAAAUCAGAGGAUGCAAGCCGUUCUGUAUUGGAUUUAUCAGGUCAUGUGUCUAAAAUGUUCUCUGGAAGUGACAGUGCAAGGCCUGAUAAGAGUUACUUCCCAGGAAAUUUAAAUUCUGGAGCAAAAAAAUCACUUAUUAAUUUUUUUGCUCACGUUAUGGAUCCUCUUUUGCGCCACAUGAAUGGCUAUGUUCAAGCUAAAAUGGAAGUUGGCCCUCUAUUGUUGGAUGCCCAUUGCGUGCUCAAAUCCAUCAAUAGUUUACUUGCUAGCUUCAUAAGGGAAAAGUUAUACGUAAAAGCAGAGGAUUUCUCUGAAGGAGCUUGCCUUAAUUUCUUAAAGAAGAUUUAUGAUGCAAUUGUGUCAGCUGCUUCCAAUUUGCUCUGUUUUUCGAACCAGAAUAUGGAUGUUGAGAUGCAGAAAUUGUUAGCUUCAUUAGCUAAAGAGCUACUUGCCGCUUUAGGAUAUCUUUUGGAUAUUGAAUAUGAAGUCACUGGGAAUGAUUUAACAAUUUUAUGGCUUAUAAUUCUUUCUUUUCUGGCCCUUGGCUCCUCAUUUACAAGUGCUGUGGAUCAGUGCCUGUUAACUUCUCAGAUAUUGGACCUUGGAUGCCAGCUGGUUAAGCUCUAUAGUGAACUUCGCCAGGUGGAGAACAUUGUGUUUUCCCUAUGUAAAGGUAUCAGGCUUAUAAUGACAUGUGACAUUGAUCAUGAACAAAGUUAUGCAAGUUUCUUGCCCUGCACAACUUCUCCACCUUAUGGAACAUAUAGGAAGUCUGUAGAAAUUCUAUUAUGCUCACGGGAGUUUAACCUUACUGUCCACAAAGCUAUAAAGUCCAUACCAGAAGGGAAUGCAAAAGAAUGUAUUCGGCUGCUAAUUUUAGAUUUCUCAGAGUCCAUGGCAUGGAUGAAAGAAGGUUGUUCAUUGGCUGGUGGAAAGGAAUUGGGAGGACUUAAUGUGGAAAGUUCUAGCAUGCUGGGUUUCGAUCAGCAAGCAGAACUAUUUGGAAGGGGAUUAUCGGAAAUGUAUGCUUUGGUGGUAGAUUCACUGAUUGUCACCACGGGGAACAGUAGCCUAGUUGCAGAUUCUAUCGAGGACCUGAUGAAUGUAAUCCGCCCAUACAUGUGUAAUUUGGUUGGGGAACUGAAUGCUGCUAAUGACUUCCUUUUCUUUGUCGUAGGAAGUGCUUUUGACUAUGAGGUGGGUGAAAACAGUAGUAGUAUGUUGAAAUUUAGAGCAUCCAGUCAUUGGGUCUUUGUAUUCUUCUUUCGAAUGUACAUUUCUUGUCGAAACUUAUAUAGGCAAACUAUCAGCCUCAUGGCUCCAGAUAAAGCAAGAAAGAAGUCUGCAGCAAUGGGGGAUUCAUUUACAGCCUUUUCUGGAAGGGAUUGGAUAGAAAAAACUGACUGGACCAAGGAGGGUUAUUUUUCUUGGAUUCUGCAGCCUUCAAAUUCUCUUCUUACUGUCAUCCAGUCUGUAUCUGACAUUUAUCUUAAGGAUGGAAUCUCAGAUUGCUUUCCUGUGAUUCCUGUAUUUCUGAUGAUGGCCCUUCAAAGGCUUGUUGAUUUGAACAGGCAGAUAAAGUCUUUAGACUAUUUAUUGCAAACAAAUGAUCUUCUUCAGCUUGAUUCGCUUGAUGAUGGUGAGUUGUCAUCGUUGCGGAAGAAAAACAAAAAGUGGAGAAGGCGUUUAUCGGUUCUUAAGCAAGAGGCAGUGAGUCUAACUGAAUUCAUGAUGGGUUACCUUCCAAUGUUGAGUAGUGAUCCGUCGUCGAUCUUCUUUUCUGAUGAUGCAGCUUGUACGAAUGCACUUGUUCAAAAUCUACAGGAAAGUGAUAAAUGGGAUUUUGGUCUUGGCACUUUGACCAUGAAGUCAUUGCCCACUGCCAUAUGGUGGAUUCUUUGCCAAAAUACUGAUAUUUGGGGCGCUCAUGCUGCUAAAAGGAAGUUGAAAAUGUUCCUCUCACUCUUGAUCUGUGCUUCCCUUCCCUCUAUGAGAAACGGCUUUGCAGAGACUGGAAAGCACCCUGUUGACAAAGCUGGUUUGCUGAAACUAACUUUGCAUCAAAUAUCAUCAGAGCUUCUAAGUGAUGCCAUUCUGUAUGAAAAUAAAUUUGUUUGCAGGCAUUUGCCAUCAAGGUUUUGCCAUAUAUUGGAGAAAUCAGUGCUACCAUUAUUUAAUAACCUUCCAGAUGGGGAUUUAGAUUUUGAUUCAUCACCAAAUUGGGCAGAGGUUUUGAGUGCUCUUGAAAACUCAUCAAGGCUUGUGUCAAGCAGGAAGUCUAGCAUCCAUGAUUUUUCACAGGAAAAGCUUAUUGCUUGUUCAUCCGAUAAGUUACCUAGUGGAAUUUGCCAAGAACAGAAAGCCCUUAAAUUAACAGGAGAUGUGAAGUUUACAGAUUGUCGAAGUUUGCUUGAUCUUUUGUGUUGGAUGCCAAAAGGAUAUAUGAACUCCAGAUCGUUCCCACUAUAUGCUACCUAUAUACUCAACCUUGAAAGGCUCAUUGUUCGCAGCUUAUUAGAAUGCCAGGAUGCACUAUCCUCACAUGCAAAUUAUGAGCUCUUGAAAUUGCUUGUUUCCUGUCGGAGGGUUUUGAAGUAUCUACUCAUGGAAUUCUGCGAGAAAACAGAAGCUAGCCAAUGCCUACUUAUUCCAUUUUUCUCUGAGAGCUCAUUCAUUAUUUUAUGGCUUUUCAAGUCAGUCUCUGUGGUGAUCAGGCUUCAAGAAGCCUUAUUAGGAAAAAAUUCUGAUAAAGGUAGAGAAACGAUGUUCUCAUUGAUUGAUCAUACAUCUCAUGUGCUUUUGACACUAAGCAGAUAUCAGUUUCGCGACACAGUUCAUUCCCUUUUGGCUGCUGGGAGCUCUUCUGUAGAAGACUGCUGCUCUGGCGUUGCCCAUGAGCAGAAUUACUCUAUCAAAGAUAUGGAAAUUUGUAAAAGUGUGUCCCAUAUAGCUGAGAGUUUAAAGGAACAGAUGCAAAACUUACAUACUUUAAAAGGUUCCUUUUCUUGUGAGGAAGUGGAAGUUAGUUGGGCUGUUGUAUAUAUAAACCAAUUAUCUUGCAUAGUUUCUUGCUUUAGUGGGUUGUUUUGGGGCUUAGCAUCUGUUUUGAACUGUAGAGAUGCGGAAGCUAGCAAAGAAAAAGUGAAAUCUCGAAAACGGAAAUGCAAAGAUAUAUCUGAACUUGAUAUUCACAUAAAUGUGUUCUCAGAUUUUGUUAGCCUCUUCUUACAGAUGUUUGUUAUUGAGGAUCAUGAACAGCCUUGGAAUUCAUAUAAUGCUCACAGUCUUCAAGAGUCUGACAACAAGUUUGGUUCAUUGGAUUCAGGUGCAUCCUUGCUAAAAAAAUUUGAUGAGACUGACAUUUUAUGUUGUGAAGAGCACUUACAAACUGGAGCAGCAGUAACCUGCUUGGCGUCAUCUGUCAUGAAUGAUGAUUCUCCCAAUGCUCGUGGUCAUACGUGUGGCUCACAGCUGGAGAACACAAAAUGCCCUUCCAGUAUUCUUGGCGAGGUUGACCCAUACGAAUGCGUAUGCUUAAAUAAGCAUUUUUUGCGAAGUUUUCUGAAGGGUGAUCAUCCCGAAUUUGCAUUUUUGCUCCGAGAGCUACUGAUUGCUUUUGCAGCUAUCUUGAGGCUAAAUUUGAAAAUUAGGUAUACUCCUUUGUUUUCCAAGUUGGUGCCAAUUUUUAUUGGCAUUUCAGAAGUCUUGUUGUUAGAGUUUGCAAACAUGACCGAGAUGCCACUGACCUUUUCAUUUGUCUGGUUAGAUGGUAUUCUGAAGUAUUUGGAAGAAAUAGCAAGUCAGUUUCCCUUGACUAAUCCUACCUUGACCAGAAAUCUGUAUGCCAGACUAAUUGUCUUGCAUUUGAAGGCGUUAGGGAAGUGCAUCUUUUUACAGGGAAAAGAAGCUACUUUAGCUUCUCAUGAGACAGAGUCGAGUACCAAGACACUUGCUAGCCAAAUGGGAUCAUCUGAAGCAGGUUUUGCACAUGGGAAAUCCUUCUUGGAUGAAUUUAAAGCAAGGUUGAGGAUGUCAUUCAAAGUGCUCAUAAAGAAUGCAUCAGAGUUGCAUAUGCUGUCUGCCAUACAGGCUAUAGAGAGAGCACUAGUGGGGGUGCAGGAAGACGGUACAGUAAUAUAUAACAUAAAAACUGGAAGCAUAGGUGGUGGAAAAGUGUCCCCCAUUGUUGCUGCCGGCAUUGAUUGCUUGGAUCUUGUUCUGGAAUAUGCUUCAGGUCGCAAACACUUGAGUGUUGUUAAAAGACACAUUCAGGGUUUUAUUGCUGGUUUGUUCAACAUAAUUCUGCACUUGCAGAAUCCAUUAAUUUUUUAUGAGAGGACGGUUGAUAGUAAAAUUGACAGUUGUCCAGAUCAAGGAUCAGUUAUUCUUAUGUGUGUUGAGGUACUAACAAGAAUUUCUGGAAAACAUUCUUUGUUUCAAAUGGACUCCUGGCAUGUUGGGCAGGCUCUACAUAUACCUGCUGCACUCUUUCAAGAUUUUCAUCAACUUGGACGCUCUGAGGCUCCAGUUCCAUCACACUUUUCCUUAGUUUCCAACAACCAAGACUGUGAUUCUGCUGCCAGCUUGAAUCCAUCUGUUGUAGAUCGGCAAUUCUCCGUAGAACUCUUUGCUGCUUGCUGCCGGUUAUUGUACACAGUUUUGAAGCAUCACAAAAGUGAGAGUGAACAGUGCAUCGUUCUACUUGAGGAAUCUACCUGUGUACUUCUUUAUUGUUUGGAGACAGUGGAUACUAGUUCUCCAGUCGGAAAAGAGUGCUUUUCAUGGAAAGUGCAGGAGGGAGUAAAGUGCGCAUCUUUUCUCCGACGGAUUUAUGAAGAGUUAAGACAACAGAAAGAUGUCUUUGGGCGGCACUGUUUCAAUUUUUUAUCCGCUUACAUAUGGGUUUAUUCGGGAUAUGGUCCUCUUAAAACUGGCAUCAAGAGGGAGAUAGAUGAAGCUCUGAGACCUGGUGUCUAUGCUUUAAUUGAUACUUGCUCAGCUGAUGAUCUUCAGUAUCUUCAUACUGCAUUUGGUGAGGGACCUUGUAGAAACACGCUGGCUACCCUGAAACAUGAUUACAAGAUGAAUUUCCAGUAUGGGGGAAAAGUCUAAUCUUUAUUUCACCAUUAGUCUAUUCGACCCAUUAGGUAAAGAUGAAGUUUUGAUUCAGCUCCUAGCACAGGUGACUCCGUAAACUUGUAUGUGGACUGUAAGUCAUUGAUAUGCAGAAAAGAAAAGGUACUCAGCGCACACAAGGUUCUGGUUGUGGUGGCCGAGUUCAGGAAGGUUGUACACACCCACAUUGUGGAAGAGAUGUUUUCAUAGUUUGAACCUGUAUCACUGAGGCUGCAAAACAUAGUCGUGAAAAGGACGAGAGUGAUAUGAAAGAUUCGGAUGGAGUGACUCCUGCAUAAUACAUAGCAAUGAUGAGAUUUAAAAGAGGAAUAUGUCCAGCCGAGCUUUCUACGAUGCAUCUGGUUGCAGUGGCUGAGUUCAAGAAGGUUUUAGACUCGUAUUAUAAAACAGUAAAAGAGCUUCUUUUUUUGUGGUUUGAACAUGUAAGUCUGCAACGCCUAGGCUGCAAAGCUAAUGGUGAAAAGGAUGAGAGAUAUACAGAGGAUAUGAAUGUGAUGUGGCAUGUAAUUACUGUACUUGAAUUCUAUAGCUAGACAUGGUCAUUUCUUUUUUCUCUUCACUAGAAGUCAUGUACGAGCGUAAUCAUCUAGCUGAUUUCAUUGUUUUUUCCUAAAGUAAUCUAUUAUUAAUUUCUUUGCCAA